CCCGGCUUGUUUACGCCGCCAAAGCUCCACCGAGCAGCUGAAGGCGGCGGCCGCAGCAACAACCCAGGCAGCCGACGCGGAUCACAGCGCCUCCUCAUCCUCGUCGUCUCCAGGCCGCCGUUCCUCAUGGCGUCUCGGUGGGCGCUUCUCCUCCUGCUCCUGCAGCCGCUGCUCUUGGGCUUCGGCUCGGCUACGGAAGAUGCAACCUCUGCCGUCUCCCCGGCUCUCACGGUCAAAACGGCAGCAACUGAUCAGGUUUUCGAGCCCGCCAACAGCUUGCCAUCCCGGAGCGAGGCGGCUGCAGUCCAGCCCAUCAUCGGGAUCGGCCAGAGGGUCAAGAUGAGAUCGAAGGAGAAGAAAGACUUGGGCACGCUGGGCUACGUGCUGGGCCUUCUUAUGAUGGUGAUCAUCAUUGCAAUUGGAGCAGGCAUUGUCGUGGGCUAUGUUUAUAAGAGGGGCAAAGAUCUGAAGGAGCAGCACGAGCAGAAGGUUUACGAGCGUGAAAUGCAGCGGAUCACUUUGCCGCUCUCAGCCUUCACCAACCAAGCCUGUGAACUGGUGGACGAGAACACGAUAGAGGUGCACACGAACCAGACCCCUGUGGAGGAAACACACAAUGGUGAUGCCCCACUGAUGGGUCAAGCGGGCACUCCUGGAGCCUGAGGAACAUGGGUGGGGGAGAUGCCCUGCUUGCACCCACAACGACUGAGACUCCUCUCUCUCCUCACCAACGUACGUGGGAGUUUCAUUUGUAUUUCUGGUUUUUUUUUCUGUUUGGGGAGGAAUAAGAAGCCUGGAAGAGUCUUGACGAGGCUCUGAAGACGUGCAAGGACUCGCUCGCCCAUGGUCACCCGUUGUUGGGGCGUUUGGGUCCCAGCUGCAUGAAACUGAAUGCCACUGGAUGGUCUGGUGUGGCCUUGAGCCUCUUGCGAGGUCCAGCUCUUCCUUCUGCCCCCCAAUGGAGGGCGGGGAAGAGAAAAUGCAGCACCUGCCUCCUGCUGUAUAAACUGCACAGUCUCUCUCCAGUCCGGAAGUACUGUCUAUAUCGCCUCCUCUCAAUCUUCUUCCACGGAGAUGGCUUCCACCAGUCCUGGUGCCUGCAUAUCUGUUACAAGUGGGGAGCUGUAGUGUAGGUGAGCUUAAAAGGCAAAAGUAUUCGAACAUUUGAAUGUAUUUUUAUUUUUUUCUAAAGUGGAAGGCUGCUGUCAGAAGCAGCAUAGCCCUCCUUACAAGCCCCUGUAUUUAACAGCCACAGAGUUUUCUUUAUAGCUUGGUGCUUAAACGGCCUUUUCAAAAACAGUCAAGGAGGAAGCAUCCCAAAUGGGGGUGCUUUUUUUAGGUGAGGGGGGUGGGCAAGCCGGGCUGUCCCUAGUGAGCUCUCUGCAAAAUAUGUAUCUUCUGUCUUACAUACUCCAGGACUUCUAAGGCCAGGGACAGAUUCUUACAUGUGGGAAGUUUCAAUUUACAGCGAUCUUUUCCUUUGUGGUCUUUGUUGAGCACAGCGAGACAGCUCAGGUAUGUUUCCUUCUCCCCUCCCAGCACACUUUGGGGUUUAGCAGAUAUAGACGAGAGGGAUCCUAGCCACCCCCAAAGGCAUUCUGCAGAGGGACAUUUCCAGAAAGACGACGUCAAGGCAACGCUAGGACCACAGGAGGGAAGAGGGCUCUUGUGCUCGAAUCCUGCUGGCAGGUUUCCUACAGGCAUCCGAUUGGCCUCUUAAGAGGGCAGGAUUCUAGGUGAGAUGGGCCACUGGCCUCACCCAGCAGGCUUCUCUUAACAUUCUUAGAUCUGCCCAGACAGUGCCGGCUCAAGCGCAAAAGCUCCUUCACCUCCAUUUCGGAGCCAGCCAAUGACUAAGUGAUGGAUGGCCUUCCCUUGCGUUGGGGUUAGUAGUUCAGGGGUUUUUCAUAGCACUGGGCCAGAUCCUCUGUAGCAGCUGUGCAAGCCAAGUGGUGGGGUGAUUUAUACGGUGGCUUUGUCAGGCAGCAUUUGAGGCAGAGAACCAGGACCAAGGAAGUUCUCCUGCGAUGCUCUUUGUUAGGCGUAAAGCACACACACUUCUGUUCCGCCAACAAAUAACUCACUUUAGCCAUACUGACUUUUAAAAAACAAACCCUUCACCACUCAAGGAAGGUGGACCAGCUGCUGAGAGUGAAGGUUUCUUGUAUGUUCUAGUUAUGCAAGACAGAGAUGGGUUUUUUUAUUAUUAUUAAAUAAAGAAGUUUCAAUGCCUUUGAACAUCAUUUCUUUGUAAGUGUUUUUAAAUACCUCAUGAAGUAUGAAAUUAAAUAAAAAAAGAAAUGUU